CUGGGGCUUUGAUUUUAACAAUUCAUGCUACUCGAGGGAGUUCUGAGAAAACCAAAGGCCAAUAUUGCUACAAUACUUGGAAUCUAUCAAAAUGCAGGACAAGUCACUCCCGGACAUGACCCCGGCAUACCUUCCCUAGACAUUGGGUGAUUUGAGUGACGCCUGCCCGCGAUCUUGUCCUCGACUUUCUGUGUCCAUGUCCAACACGAUGAAAGGCAAACGGCUUCACCUUGCUAGCGCAGUCUGGGUCUCAUGCAUUUUCAGCAGAGAUUGCUCGGCCUCCACGGUCCAGGUCUCUGAGCACUCGUUCAAUCUUGAUACUGGUUGACUCAACUCGUUGCCCCUCCAUACGAGACUGAACGCUUACUUACACUCAUCCCAUUCUUUGUAUGUGCUUCUUGCUACACAAUGUCGGGGCCCAGAGGAUCAUCAGCUUCUCCGAGGCCUCCGAGGAGCGUCCAACAGAUAACGAAAGCUGCCCAAGAAUACGAGUAUGAUGCCCAAAUACCCUUACGCAUCUGGCUACGGUCAGCCAAGGCAAUGCUUAAACAGGCAGACACAUACAUGAGAGAAGGUGAUGAAGAGACGACUUACCUGUUGCUCUUCCGGUAUGCACACCUGAUUCUCUCCCAACUCCCCCAACACCUGCAGUAUCGAGAUAAGACAGCAACUCAUCUUCAAGAGCUGAUGCAGGAAGCGGAAAAGGAAGUCAAUGACGUGUUGAAGAUGCUUGAUCUUAUGAAGCCCCGGAUAAAUGAGAGAUAUAAUCGCUAUGUCAAGGUUGCCAAAGAAAGAGAGGCAAGGAGGAUGGUACAAGCACAACAAUAUCAAGCUGCAUCUGGUCCCGCUGCUGCCAGUCAGCGCCCACAACCUCUGCAAGCGCAUGAGAACAAGGAAUUUGCGGUCAGGUUAGCUCAAAAAGAAAUCUCGAGAAGGGCAGCAUACCGACAGAAUACCUCGGCAUUGGGCCGUGAAAGUGAAGACUUGUCUACGAGACUGCAGGAACUACGUGCUCGAGUCGAUGGACGGCAAUUUCACUCUAUAGACCCGGGUACUCGACCCCAUCCGUCUGCAGACUCAGGUCUGCAUUAUCACUAUCCCAGCAUACCUUCACAGCAUGUGCAGCCAAUCACGAGUCCCCCUUCGAUACCUCCUUCUCAACAAAGUUAUAGACGAGAAAUCCCGUUGUCACCACCGGUCGUACCCCCAAAACCACGGAGUGAGACAUCUGCACCGCCGCCCCGUCCGGAGAAAAUUUCCACAGAAGCUGAGGUGGAUUCACGAGCAGCUACACCAGAGCCGACUCGUGUAUUCGCUCCGGCAGCGUACCUCGAGAACGGGGAGCCUUUGCGCACUGUGUUUCUGCCGCCAGAGUUGCGCACCACGUUUCUGAGAAUUGCUCACAAGAACACACUGGCCAAUCUGGAAACUUGCGGCUUUCUUGCGGGCACGCUUAUAGCCAAUGCGUUCUUCAUCAGUCGACUUAUCAUCCCUUCACAAACGGCCACAUCAGACACGUGUGAGAUGACGAAUGAAUCGCAGCUUUUCGACUAUGUCGAUUCGGAAGAUCUUAUGGUCUUAGGAUGGAUACACACACACCCAACCCAGACAUGCUUCAUGAGCAGUCGAGAUCUGCACACCCAUUCCGGAUAUCAGACGAUGCUAGCCGAAAGUAUUGCGAUUGUCUGUGCUCCCAGCAAAGGUGAUGUUACCCACGGCGGCGACUGGGGAGCGUUUCGAUUGACUGAUCCGCCCGGGAAGAAAACGAUUCUUAACUGCGAUCAACCCGGGAUCUUUCACCCUCAUGCCGUUGAGAACAUUUACACCGACGCGCUUCGUCCUGGACACGUGGUCGAGGCGAAAGGUAUGCAGUUUGAAGUCGUGGAUCUCAGAGACAGGUAACAUCGAGACUCUACGGAGCAUGGGAUUGGCAAUUCGCAACGACAUCCAUAUAUGGAUGGGUAGUCAGACACUAUUAAAUAAUGUCUCAAUACGACGUCGUAAUCGACAAACUUAUACAAGGCUUCGUGUGCAAGGCCACCAGCACCAGCAGAAGGGAAUGGGCACCGCAUAGCCAAGCUUCAAUAAUCUUAUUACUGGCCUGAUAGUUUCAAUUGUCAGCCAAUCUUUCUUUGUGUUCACUUUAUGCUCAAGUCCGUUCUUGAAAUAGCUUUGGC